GUGUCACACUCUAAAUAGUCCGGCCUUGUUUUUUUUUAUUUGCUUGCUCCAGUUUUCUUCUAACUAAUAAUAACCUCUCAUAAUACUUUGUCCUAUGAUUUUUUCUGAAUUAAUGCUAAACAUCUGAUUGUUAUCUAUUUUGAGGACGCUGCCGAUCGUCCAGGAUUCGGUGGGCGUAUCAGAUCAGUGUACCGGAUGCGUCGUGUGCUGGUGGAGGCCAGCUUCAUCUUUUUUUUCCUUAGGGGUGGUGGCCGCUGUUUUGCUUCAUAGCUCCCAGAUCAGCCAACGAAAGCAUGGGAAUGUUGCGAGAGAAUUCCUAAGUAAACUUGCGUGUAAGUGCUGGAUAAGUUACUGUCAGUGGACCACAAGCUUCACCCAACCUAAAGGAGACCCCCCUGGUCCGUCUAGAGGUUUUGAUCGCACCGUUGUUGGGACGUUUUCAGCAGCGAGCAAUCCCGGACAAAGGAACAGAGACCUGCGAGCUAACUUAGCAUUCCUCUAGAAGCGGCGCAAUGCAGGCCAUAAAGUGUGUCGUUGUCGGAGACGGUGCUGUGGGUAAGACCUGCCUGCUCAUCAGCUACACUACCAAUGCCUUUCCCGGAGAGUACAUCCCCACAGUGUUUGACAACUACUCUGCCAAUGUAAUGGUGGAUGGGAAACCUGUGAACCUGGGCCUUUGGGAUACAGCAGGACAGGAAGACUAUGACAGACUCCGCCCACUAUCCUACCCACAGACGGAUGUGUUUCUCAUCUGCUUUUCGCUUGUUAGUCCUGCCUCGUUUGAAAACGUCCGUGCAAAGUGGUACCCUGAAGUGAGACACCAUUGUCCCAACACUCCUAUUAUCCUGGUGGGUACCAAGUUGGACUUAAGAGAUGACAAGGACACAAUAGAGAAGCUGAGGGAGAAGAAACUCUCCCCAAUCACAUAUCCACAAGGACUGGCAAUGGCCAAAGAAAUCGCUUCUGUCAAGUACCUGGAGUGCUCAGCCCUGACCCAACGUGGCCUUAAAACUGUCUUUGAUGAGGCCAUCCGGGCCGUCCUCUGCCCUCAGCCUGUCAAGAGGAAGCGCAAGAAGUGCUCUCUUCUCUAAGACUUCCUCCUCUGGCACAGUGACAGGGGGGCAUGACCGGUAAUGAUGAGGGUGGCUACAAACACAGAAGAAACACACCAGUAUACACAAGAAACGAUGUACUUCAGAUUCUUUCCUUCCAUUAGUGUAGCUACAGCAGUUAAACCGAUCAUUGAUUUCAGAUUUCAUAGUGUCAGAUUUAGGAGAGAGGGCCGUAAGAUUACACACCCUAGACCUUUACCAACUUCAAAUACUGUAUAGACAAGUUAAAUGCAAUUCUUGAGGCCUUCUAAAAUAGAUUGGAUGUUUUUUGUAAAAAAAAAAAAAAAAAAGGACCGUGGAAUGUUUUCAAUUUUUCUUCCACUGGUUGUUCACUUCUUUUAUUUUUGUUUACAGUCUUGUUUGUUUUUUUAACGGAAGAAAUUUUGCCAAAUGCGUUCUGCAGACGUGCUGUAAUUAAGCAGAAAAGAUAUGUUUUGUUUCUAUCGUCUUGAACCUCUAAACACUUCAAGACAUAGCAGACUUUUUGCUGUUGUGUGUUGCUUUUUCGUUCAGCUCAUUGACCACAGCAAUUUUCAUUAUUUUCUGUUUCAUUUUGCAAGGGCUGUCAUAAGUCACAAACCCUCAACAAGGAACUCAAAGCAACCUAUCUGUGAGGUUCUUCGUCUUUGCCUCAAACUAUUGUUACUUUAAGUCAGGUUGUGAUAAAAGAUCAUCUACACCGGUGGAUUAAGUGACACCGGAGACAUACUGGAAAUGCAGAAUGGGCACAGAUCUGUGGACACCAACAGUGCUAUUAACUACCCCCUCUUAAAUUGAAAUGAUCCAGUAUUUUGUGUGUUCGGCUUCAACCUGUCACGGUAACGGUAUUUUACUUUCCCAUGAAGUGUCUCAACUGUGUAGCUGCCCAGGCUGAAGUUUUUAUUUUAUAUCAGAUUACAACUGUUUAGGUGGUGGGGAACAAGAGCACCUUUGAAGCUCUGUGGGCAUUUAUCAAAAAACAUUGUGCAGCACAUUUUGAUUUAUAAUAGCAUCACUACUGGCUAAGAAAUGUCUCUAGAAGGAGCAUUUAUGCCUGCUAAUAACAGAGCUACUGUUGGUUAUGGUGUAGUAUACAGUGUACUCAUCUUUUUGUUAUAAUCAUGUGAUUUGACUAUUUUGUAUUUUUCUUCACAGAAGUUCCACUUCUCUCACUGUAAUGUUAAACUAACACUAUGAAUAUCCUUUGUUUAUUACCUCUACAGUUAACGCUACCUUAAUCUCCAUACAAGCCUAGCUUUUUGUAAUUAAUGCUGAUAGCAUGUAUGUGCAACAUAUACUGAAAACGAAGACUAGAAUGCUACAGUUAUAUUUUUUGCCUAUUUACAAAAUGUAUUUGAACUACUAGAUCAGGGGGUUAAGUACAUGUUGCUCAUCUGUAAUGUAUUCAGACAUCAAGCUGUGCUUUAAUUCAAGCCAAUGUUGUGACUCUUUAGUUUUAUGGAUAAAAGCUGUUGUCACUUUUUGAAAAAGCCAAUAAAUCAAGUAAAAACAA